AUGUGGAAUGUAUAUAUUCUGCGUGAUGCCGUCAUCUGCCACCAGCUGGCGGUGAGUCGGCGCAGGGCAAAAAAAGCAGUAUCCACCUCCGCAGUCCCGCAACAUGGCUCUCGUUCCUUGGGAUCUCUUUUCUUUGACAUUCUUCUUGGUCGAGACCACAUUUCAGUGAACCAGGUAGUUAUUUCCAACAGUUUGGAGGCCAAAGGCUUUCUCUUGAAACCCCCGGAGCUAACCACCAACUCUCCCCCAACAGUUUGGCGCAUCAAUCCCACCGCUAUGUCGAUCAGUUCCUACAUCGUGUCGGGCAUCAGCUCGUUCGUGGCGGUGACACUCUCGCUCUUUGCCCUUGGCCAGAAGGUGCCUCGCGCAGCAUUUAUCGCUCGCUGUCUCGCCGCAUACGGCACCCUCCUCAUAAGUGCAGCCUAUGGAGUCAUCGCAUCCAUCGGCCUCCGUCUCGCAGGCUACGGCCGAAUUUCCCAAUGGGCCACCGCCCGCUGCUUCAAGUGGCUGAUGCGCUUCACCACUGGUGUCUGCUUCGAUAUUGUCGAAGGCGAGGAGUACCUUUCCACUCGCCCGGCCGUCUUUGUUGGUAAUCACCAGACCGAGUUGGAUGUUCUCAUGCUCGGUAAUGUCUUCCCGCCCUACUGCAGUGUCACGGCCAAGAAGUCCCUGCGCAACAUUCCCUUCCUCGGCUGGUUCAUGUGGCUCUCUCGUACUGUGUUCAUUGAUCGUGCGAACCGCGAAACUGCUAUGAAGGCUUUCGAUGGUGCCGUGGAUGAGAUGAAAGCCCACCGCCAAAGUGUGUUCAUUUUCGCCGAAGGCACCCGGAGUUACUCUGAUGAGGCUAUGCUACUGCCAUUCAAGAAGGGUGCCUUCCACCUUGCCAUCAGGGCUGGUGUGCCUAUCGUGCCGGUUGUUACGGAGAACUACGCCCAUAUCAUGUCCCCUCGUGCCUGGCGGUUCAAUGCGGGAACCAUCAAGGUGAAAGUCCUGCCUCCAAUUGAGACCAAGAACAUGACCUCCGUGGACGUUGAUCACCUCACUCAGUUGACACGCGACUCCAUGCUGACAACCAUUCUGGAAAUGGCACAACCCCAACAAAACAAGGUUGAGUCACAGGCCAACGGCGUGUCGACUGCCAUUGAGAUUUGA